AUGUCGAAUCUCCGGGUUCUCUGUCGAGAUCAACCUCAACGUACAAUUGCACUGGUCUCGUCAGAACAUGCCCUAGUGUUCCACUACACGUCGACAGAUACCAGUGCGAAGGACAGCCCACGCUGUCAAGUUGAGUUCUCGGAUUUAGAGGCAGUGGACCUGAAAGGCUAUAGGCCAUUAGGAUAUGGACAUGGUACCCUUGGCCUUGUUACUCUCAACGAAGAUGUGUUUGUCUGCGUCGUCACCAGCUCCUCGCAAGCUGCCACUGUGAGACCUGGAGAAACCGUGUCAAGAAUUGACAAUGUAGGCUUCUAUUGUCUCAACCGUUCAGAAUACGAGUACGGCCUAGACCAUGAGACCGGGUCUCAAUUCGCCGCCGAGGAGGGACUUAGCACUGAUGGGAAGGAUGUGGUAACUGACCAUCCCUUUCUGGCGUUGAAGAAGCUCCUUGGAGAUGGAACUUUCUAUUACAGUCUCGAUUUCAACCUCACAGAUCGCCUGCAAGACCGGGCUAACAAACCUAUGGCAUUCGACAUCGACACCCUCGAUGAAGAUAUGCUGUGGAAUUCUUACAUGAUCAGUCCGCUUCUCUUGUUCCGGAGCCACCUGCCACCGUCCGAUAAGGCCAAAUUAGAUGCAUCGCAGAUGUUAACUUGUGUUAUCCGUGGAUUUGCCAGUACACUCAAGGUACCAGCGACGGUUUCAAUCCUUCCUCAUGUGCGGACAAACUUCCCUUCGAUGUUGACAAUCAUAUCCCGACAAGCUUCUCGCCGUGCUGGUACGAGGUUUAACUCGAGGGGCAUUGAUGAUGAUGGGAAUGUUGCCAAUUUUGUGGAAACCGAAACUAUUCUGUGGGUUUCACCGGGCAUUGUAUUUUCAUACGCUCAAGUCCGAGGCUCGGUGCCUAUUUUCUGGGAACAAGCCCCAGGCCUCAUUCCGGGCCAGCAAAAGAUCGAGGUCACGCGGUCGAGCGACGCAACCCAGCACGCAUUCAACAAACAUUUUGAAUCCCUGGAGUUGGAGUAUGGCGCAGUACAUGUGGUAAAUCUGCUAAGUGAGCUGAAGCCUGGGGAAGCAGAGUUGUCGUCAAAGUUUCGACAGCACAUCAGCAAGAGCUCAACCCGACAGAAAGAAGGCGAUGGGACCUCUCCACGUCGGAGUCUCUUACGACUAACCGAAUAUGAUUUUCUUGCUGAGACUCGAGGUCCUUCGGGAUACGAAGCCAGCUCUCAGAUCAAACAUGAGCUUAUCAACUCAUUAGAUGAGUUUUCGUAUUUUUUGUCGGAAGAUUCACGUCGUCCCAACAAAACUCCCUACGACAGAGAUGAUACAGUGAACAGCUCUUCGGUCGUUUUACAGCAAGAGGGAGUUUUUCGGACCAAUUGCUUGGAUUGCCUGGAUAGAACAAACCUCGUCCAGACCAUCAUCAGUUUUAUGGCAUUAGAGUCCUUUUUAUCGCAGCAAGGCGGCAGGCUCAGCUCAGACAUGCAGGUUCGGCAUUCGACCAUUUGGGCUGACAACGGUGAUGCUCUUUCGAAGAUUUAUGCCGGGACUGGCGCCCUCAAAUCCUCUUUCACCCGACACGGAAAGAUGUCACUUGCGGGGGCCCUUGCAGAUGCGCGGAAGAGUGCCACUCGACUUUAUGUCAACAAUUUUACAGACAAAGCUAGACAGAGGACAAUUGAUCUCCUCUUGGGGAGGCUAACAAAUCAACUCCCUGUAUACCUCUACGAUCCAAUCAAUGAUUUGGUUAUGGAGGAGUUGAAUUGCCGAACUCCAGAAUAUUCUUCGCGCAAACAAGUCCGGUUCUGGGUCGGCACUUUCAAUGUGAAUGGACGCGAUGAAGGCCCAGGUACUGAUCUCACUCCGUGGCUUUUCCCAGAGUCGGAUAAGUCCCACGAAGACCCGGCAAUCUUUGUUGUCGGAUUCCAGGAAAUUGUCGCUCUGAGCCCUCAGCAGAUUAUGUCCACCGAUCCCAGCACCCGUAAGGUCUGGGAAAGAGCGGUCCACGAUUGUUUAAACGCCCAUUCGAAGAUGAAAGGGACUGGAAAAUACGUCCACUUGAGAAGUGGUCAGCUGGUCGGCGCUGCCGUUUUACUUUAUGUGAAAGAAGAUUCACUGAAGUACAUCAAGAAUGUUGAAGGAAGUGUGAAGAAGACCGGCCUCUCUGGGAUUGCUGGCAACAAGGGCGGCUGUGCUGUUCGCUUCGACUUCUCUAACACGAGUGUUUGCUUCGUUACCGCUCAUCUUGCUGCCGGCUUUGCAAACUACGAUGAAAGAAACAGGGACUACGAGAUCAUCGACCGGGGGCUAAGGUUCCAAAAGAACCGGUCAAUCGCUGAUCAUGAUGCAGUUAUCUGGUUGGGUGAUUUCAACUAUCGAAUUGGAUUGGGCAACCCAAGCGUAAGAGAUCUCAUCUUGCAGCGAGACUACCAAAGGUUAUACGACAAUGAUCAAUUGAAUCUACAGAUGGUAGCAGGCAGAGUGUUCCAGUUCUAUUCAGAAGGCCCAAUUGAGUUCCCACCGACUUAUAAGUACGACGUUGGAAGAGACAACUAUGAUACAUCUGAGAAAGCACGGAUCCCUGCAUGGUGUGACCGAAUCUUAUGGAGAGGGAGCAAUCUGCGGCAAACAAACUACCAAACUGCAGAUUUGAAAGUGUCUGACCACCGCCCCGUCUGGGCAACCUUUGAUUGUGUCAUUGAUAUUGUCGAUCAUGCACUGAAAGAAAGUCUCAGGCGAUCGAUAUACGAGGAGAAACAGGGCCACGGUCACACUUCUCUCGUAGACUCUGUCUCUCUUUUGGACCUGGAUGAUGACGAAACCACACCAUAUAUUCCUAUCGCACCGGGGCUGCCUCCAACAAGCUCUGAUAGAAGCCGAUGGUGGCUAGAUAAUGGCGCACCAGUAAAAGCAACAGUACAACCACCAAAGCAAGGGUAUAUUCCAAAUCCCCAACGCAAAUCCAAUCCAUUUUCUGCAGAUGUCGAUUGGGUACGAGGCCCAGGCCCGGUAAAGAACAGAAACACCGACCCUGUUCAAGGUACGAGGAAGAAGCCUAUGCUACCUCCGCGACGCGACACUUUUGAGUCGCCCACGGGGCCUUUAGCACCCCAGGCGGUUGAAACGGGGAAAAUCCGACCGACAGUUCCUCGCAAACCGCUAUCACUAAGUUCGCAGGCGAAAAUCGGGACAGUAUCACCUGGUCAGCACACAUCAUGGCAGGAUAGGCCAGGGAGUGGCGUGACUACUAGUGUGGGCUCUACAGAUCUUCUCGGUGACUCGGCCAGUGAGCAGAUCGAGUGGAAGCCGCUUCUUCAAUGA